UACCAAGCUAAUCAGCAUAGCCAGGCUGUCUUUCAUUGCCAGUUGUCAACAACAACACUAGUUAGCUGUAUCGAAUACGUGUAAAACUAGUGACAGAGGGCCACCGGGAUGACUAGUGUGCUGUGUGGCCGAGCCCGGCUGGUGAUGACCCAGUCGUCAGGGCGUCAGGCCCUAGCUGCACUCAGGGUGGGCUGGAUACGAACCUUCUCAGCUGCUGGUUCUGAUGAGCCUUAUUUUGUCGUGUCACGGGGGGACUCAGACUCAGGCCCUAGGACAGUAUGGCCUGAUGAGAACAUGGGACCCUUUGGCCCCCAGGACCAGCGCUUCCAGUUGCCAGGUAACUCAGGCUUUGACUUUCACCUGGAAGGCAUGGCAGACCAGAGGAUUAAAGGCCCAGUCCACAGGACGGUACCUGACGUUCUGACUGCUGCUACUAGCAACGAGAGACAUGAGUUUGUAAUGGCCCAGUUUGUCAGCGAGUUUCAGGGCAAAAUUGGUCACAUGUUAUCGAGGAGCGUCCGCAAGGCAGAGCACUACUUUGAUCAGCCCAAUGUGGACUGUUCUAUACAGACCUGUCCUGAGCUGCUGAAGAAAGAGUUUGAAUCCUAUUUCCCCUCGGCCCCAGCCAGCGCCAUCACUGUUGUCACGGUGAAACACACGAGAUGUGAGGUGAUCGACAAAGAAGUGAUCGACAGAGAACAGCUACUUCACAAAUUUGUUAGUGGUGCUAAGGAAAUCUGCUUUGCUCUGUGGACAGCUGGCUUCUGGGCUGACUUCAUUGACCCCUCAUCAGGAUCAGCUUUCUUUGGAUCUCACUCCAACCACCCACUACUCAAAGAGGAGGAGUGGAGCCGUCUAGGUUUCCACAUCGAGGCCUCUGGAUCCUGCACAGUUAUCCGUCACGUCCUGAGGGGAACACCUACGUUUGUUGGAACUGUUUUCACCACCGCACCUGCUAACAGUCACGUCAUGGAAAGACUUCAAGGCCAGUCAAGUGCAUUUGAAGACGGGGACUAGUUUUUAUAUUUUAUUAUCACCAUGUGAGAAUGAUGUAUCUCACUAUCCAAAAGACUGUUUGUGCCCUGACCUCUGUUUGAUGAUGUAUCUCACUAUCCAAAA